UCUGGUUUUCAGUACCCGUAUGUUCUGUCACAGUCAUCACACGGCUAAUCAAGAGAAUACAAAGUAUGUAGAAAACCAACACUUAUAGGAGUGAAAAUGAAUACGUUAUCUGCUGUGCUUUGGACAGUAUUUGUUCAGCAAAGCAUUUCUUUUAUACUUGCUGAGCCAAUUCACCCAAAUUUAGGAUGGGCAGGAAGACGACUUUUAAAUUCCACUAUAGAACCAGAAAAGUCCAUUUUUGACAAAAUAAAAGAAUUCUACGAUGACCCUAACAAUCUUGCUAUGUGGGGUGUACUUCCCCUUAUCGUGCUGGUUUAUGGAGGAUUUUGUGUAAUUUACUGCGUCUGUAAGGGAUAUGAUGAUUGUAAAAAGAAGAAAAACAAGAAGGCUAAAAAGAAAAGACUACUUGAUGAUGAAGACGACGAACUUAUUACAGCUAACAGCAGUGGCGAACAUAACAAUAACUUCAAUGAUACGAAAUACGAAAAUACUGGAAGAAGUGCAACACGUGCUGCAAUGGCAGCUACAUUUGCUGCUAAGAACCAGAGUAACCAAGCUCAAGGCAGAAAACACGCGACUUCUACUUCGGAUGUCAAACUUGCAGUAGAAAGAGAAAAUAGCACUCCGUUACCAUGGGCAAUACCUGACGAGGAUUCCCUGUAUCCCACAAAAGAUAAAGGACACCCACCUCCACCACCAGCCCCGGCACAGGAACAGAAAUUAAACCUAAAGCCACUCUCGAUCAAUCAACCGACUGACAAGCAGCCGUACAAAGCACCAAACCGGAAACCACAUCCUGACAUGCACAUGCCACCAAGUCCACCACCCCCUUACGAUUUUGGACGCCGAGACUCAGUCGAAGAAAUUUCUAUGAAUCCUCGAAAGAUCCACGCAGUGUCUAACAGAGCCAAUGACCCGAGAAAAGCAAUGAAUGCUAUGGAGCAAUAUGCUUUGGCACGGCAAGCCGCUCAGUUGUUACGUGUUGACAAUGGCCAACCGGGCCAGCCAGGAUACAAAAAACCUAAACGUUUAGUUUUUGUUGCUGAAUAACUUUUUCUUGACUUUAUUCUUUAAUGCUGCUGAAACAAGAUACUGAAACGAAUUAUCUUAUGAUCUUUCUUUAAAAAAAGUCAACAACAACUUUUCACGAGAAUUGGCAGUAACUGAUUACAGAGAGUUGAAACUGAAUUAAGAUUUAACAGAUAAAUUAAAUGUAAAUGUUAUUUACCUUAUUUUCUGGAUGAAAUUUGUAAUCUAAUUCGUCCAUUUGUAAUAUAUAAAAUACAAAGAAACGAUAUACAUUUAUACAUUCGAAAGAAAGGGUAUUUCAAAAUAGACGAAAAUAAAUUAGAUUGUUGAUAUCAUUGCAGAAAUGCUAUGAUCUGUUUACUGCUACAUAUACAUCCAUGUACUUUUUAGAUAUUGUUCUCUCUUUAGUAGAUCUAAUACCCUGUUCAUUUUAUUUUAAUCCUGAAGAUGUCACCAAUAAAUGUUAAAUUGUUAGCAACGUUAAAGUUGUUCUACCCUAGACCAUAUAAAUUGCCUUAAUCGUAUUCGACACAAUUUUUUUGAAUAUUUCGUUUUCAAUUCGUUUAAACUUUGUGUAUUUGAUUCGAAUCAUCCUUAAUAAGUGUAGUAGGCAACAACAAAAAAGCAAUGUUGAUAUUGAAAAAAAGCUAUUAUCAUGCAAAGAAUGCAUUCAAGUCCAUUCAACCAGCAGAAAUUUUGACGAACACAACAUGAUUGUGUGUCUGCUUUGUUGAAUGGGAAAACAAAAAAAGGGGUAAUUUAACUGACAAAUGAUAACUGUCUCGGAUUUAAAGCGGGGUAGAUUGUAUAUUGUGAACAUUGCAUACAUGUAGAUACAUUGAAGUGAAUGUUUUCUAGAGACUGCUUUUAUAAAUGCUAUGUUGUUUGGUAUUCGUAUCAAAAGUGCUACUUUGCUAUAGAAAUAUUUUUUUUAUGAUUUUUUUUUAAUAUUAUAGACAGAAGGUUAUCUUUGUGGCUAUACAUCGCAAAGUUAUUUUAAUGUUAUAAAAAAUGAAUUGUUUUCCCCCUCUCUAUUACAUUAGUUUAUACUUCUGUUUUUAUUUUAAAUCAUGUAAUAAUAUCUGAAAUUUAUUUUUAAGAGGUAACUAAUUAAUUUUCCAUUUUACCACUACUGACUUUAAUUUUUCGCAACUUGACCCGAUGUGACUCUGGAAUCAUUUUUCAUUUGUUACAUCAAAUAUUUCCUAUUUUGACCGAAAUAAUUGGGAACAAACUUAAAUUCACGUUAUAUUUUUCCAAAAAAAUAUCUUUAAUCUGCCGCAUGCUAAUCUUAAUCUCUGAUUUGCGCAAAGUUGUUAAUAAUAAUUAUGUUUUAUUGUAAAUUGUAUUUUUAAAUAUUAUUCAAUGCAUAUUGUUAUAUUGAUAGAUUAGUAUUUAAUAUUUAUUCCGUCCUGUUACAUUGUUAUCAUAUUGUUAUUUCACAGACUUUUUUAUUUACGUUCCUAUGUAGUUUGUGUGCCGGUCAUGUAGCGUACUCUCGGUACCAAACGGAAUACAAAUUCGUUAUUUCUAUCAGUUUCUGAAUCUCGAGCAAAUAAUUGUUAUAUUCCGAGACAGUGUAAUGCCAUUCCUUUUUUUUUAUAUGGCAACCAUGUUAUUUGCGCAGUAAAAUUGUAUUGACUGGUAUAUAUGUAUACAUUUGUUUUCGUGCCUUAAAUUGUUGGUUUCAGAAUAAUAAUAUUAUUUUAGGACGUGAUGAAGCAAUAAUCCGCCAGAUUUAACAUCUUCCGCUUCAGUUCAAAA